CUGUGUGAAUGUAGAAGUGAUCUGGGAGGACCAAAGGUUCUUUGAUGGGGGGAAGAGUCCCAGCUGGUUGGGACCUCCACAGAGAACAUCUCCUCACUCAUAUCUACCUGAUCCAGAUGGAAUCUUGAUGGAAGUGAACUAACCCUCUCAGAUAUAUUGACAAUGUUUUUCUAUUUUUCCAGGACACGCCAUGGAGAAACCCUCAAAGGAUCGUCUCACUUUAUCUCCAGGUUGUAAAAUGGAAGAUGAGGACAUCACAGGAGAUUGUGGAGGAGAAAAGACAAUGAGCUCCACUAUGGAUGGAGGACUUCACAGUGUGGAGAGACCAUGGAAUCCCUCCGACUCUGAGCAACCUCGUACUGUGAGGGGUGGGGCCGAGAUUCAGGGGGAGGAGACAUUUUCCUGUCCUGAAUGUGGGGAAAAUUUUAGCUCUGAACUAAGUCUUAUUGUACAUCAGAGAUAUCAUACGGAGGAGAAACUUCAUUCCUGUUCUGAGUGCGGGAAAUAUUUUCUUCAUAAAUCAGAACUGGUCAGACAUCGGAGAUCACACACAGGGGAGAAACCGUAUCCCUGUAAUGAGUGCGGGAAAUGCUUCCCACAAAAAUCAGAACUCGUUAUACAUCAAAGGUGUCAUACAGGGGAGAAGCCGUAUUCCUGCCCCGAGUGCGAGAAACGUUUUUCAGAUAGAGCCAGUCUUUCCAGACAUCAGAGGUUGCACACGGGUGAGAAGCCGUACUCCUGCCCCGAGUGCGGAAAAUGUUAUACACGGAAAUCAGAACUUGUAAUACAUCAGAGAUCUCAUACAGGGGAGAGGCCGUAUUCCUGCCCUGAGUGCGGGAAAAGUUUUUCGCAGAAGUCUAAUCUUAACACACAUCAGAAGUCUCACACGGGUGAGAAGCCGUAUUCCUGUCUUGAGUGCGGGAAAUGUUUUUCAAGGAAGUCCAAUCUUACUGAACAUCAGAUAUGCCACACGCGGGAAAAGCGGUUUUCCUGUACUGAGUGCGGGAAAUGUUAUCCACGGAAAUCAAAGCUUGUCAAACAUCAAAAAUCUCACAUAAAAGAAGCUGCAUUCCAAUCCUGAGUGCUGGAAAUGUUUUCCACAGAAGUCUUACCAAACAUCAGAGAACCCACACAGCCCUCGAGGUGUAUUAGUGUCCUGUGUGCAGAAAACAUCUUCUAUAUGGAUCAUAUUUUGCUGUACAUCAGAGAUCUCACACUGGGAAGAAGCUCACCUUGAUAUACACCUCAGAAAACACGUGGCUGAGCGUUCCUCUGAUCUCUAUCAUGGAAGAAACACUUUAUAAUGAAAUCAGAGAUCACUAAAGACUUCAAAGUUCUGUCUGGCUUCCUCUGCUAGGAGAGUGAAGGAGGGGGUGUCACUGCCGGUUGGGUCCCUCUGGGAGAGAGAAGGAGGGGGUGUCACUGCUGGUUGGGUCC